AUGUCGACAAAUAUCCCAGCCGGCCUCAAGUCCGCAGACAUUAGCCGUUUCCUGACUCGGGCCGCACAGCUUGAGAAGGCGAAGCCAGCUAUUUCAUACUGGUGCAAUUUCUGGGUCGUCACUCAGAUUCUAGCUAAAAAUCUCCAUAACUCGGACGAAGAAUGCCUGAAAUACACCACUGAUCUCAUGGAUAAACUGGAGAAGUUUAAAAAAGAGCAUGCCGGUGAUGAUACGAUAACAGAUGACACUGUUGGCAAGGCAUACGUGGAACAAUUCGCCUUGGAAACAUUUCAACGAGCAGAUAACGCAGUCCGGGCAAAUAAAGCGACACUACAAACUGCGGAUACCUUCCAGGCAGCAGCCACAUUCUUAGACCUUGGCCAGGCAUGGGGCCAACCUGAUGCCGAGACAGCCUCGAAAACCAAAUUUGCCAAAUAUCAUGCUGUCCGUAUUGUGAAGGCUAUCAAAGCAGGCGAAGAUCCGAACCAGUCCAAUCCUACGAAUGCAGAAAACCCACAAGAAUCUGAAGAGGGUGGUCCUUCGACUGGAGGAGAGGCGCAGGGCUCGCCAGAAGAGCUUAGAAAGGGGCGACAGGCUUCCGUCGAGGAUAUACCAGAUGACUUCGAUAAGGUUCAGAGUAAACUAGCAGCACAGUCAUCCUUAAACGAAUCCAUCCAUCCCUCACGUUCGUCAUCUGCUGCUCCUCCGCCACGUUCUACGGGUCCUCUCCAUAUCCCAAGCGCACCUACAAGCGCACCAGGCAGCGGCCUUCCAAGCCCGCCAAUUACUAUGCCGUCAGGAAUGAUGGACUUUGACGAACACCUACGGCAAAGGCCCUCGCAGCUCUCCCAGGCCACCGUUCCAGACCUCCCUGCUGCACCCUCUGAUUUUCCAUCACCAGCGUCAAGCAGUGCUGACUUCCCCUCGCAUCUCGGUCCAACCCCUGACUUCUCAUCCCUCAAUACACUCCAAUCGUUCCCUCCGCCCGUUACGGAUGCCCAAUUCCCUCCCACUGAGUCUCAUGCGCUUGGCCCUCCCCAGCGUACAUCUCCCGGAACCGAUAGGACAUCUCACCCCAAAGUGCCAAUGGUGGCCCCCGUGACCCAACUUCCUAAAGGGACGCUUCCUGCGUCAUCUUCAACCGUUGGGGCUAGUACCUUGAGCCAAACAGUUGACGAGGAAGCAAUUUCAAAUGCGCAAAAACAUGCUCGCUGGGCAGUGUCUGCGCUCAAUUUCGAUGAUGUAAACACGGCUGUUAAAGAGUUACAGAAGGCUCUAAGCUUCCUGGGGUCCCGUUGA